AUGGCAACCUGCGAUGUAUGCAUCCACUUGUCCGACAUCAUGACGCCUCAAUCGUUUUCCAGCUUAAUCACAACGCUUAUAAAAUAUUUGGUCUAUGAAAAGCAACUCAUUCCUUAUCCGUACGACCGUUUGAAGUUGUACGUGCAGAAAUAUAAAGAACUUAACUUUGAGCAGGAAAGCAAUCGCUGUAAUCUAAAAAAUAAAUACAGACUGGAGUCUGAGAAAUAUUAUAAGAAAGUUUCAGAUGCGAUAAUAAGUCUUGAGACGGUUUUUAAGUGCAUUGAAAAUGAAUUUCUUAGUCGUGUGGAAAAUCAUAUAGAAUCAGUUGUAAUAUUAAUUGGUUCAAGUGUACUUAAUCCUUUGACUGUAUUUAAUAUAAAUGUACCAGAAUUAAGUUAUUCACAUUCUGAAAAACAACAUUCUUCUAGGCAGCAUAUAGAUAAUGUAUUUAGGAAUAUAUUGAAUAAUGACAAGUUCAACGAUAUAUUAACAUCAAAUAUAAUGGUUGAAACAAACUUGUAUGUGAUGUUCAAAGUAAAGAAGGGUGGAAAAAUGGCUACUAAUUGGUGUGUGCCUAAGGAGCAGUUUCGUUGUUUCCGAGGUAAACAAGUGGUUUUGAGAUUUGACCAACCGGACGAUGAGAUCAACGCCAAGAAAUAUGAAACAUGUUGCAUCAAAGAUUGCUUAAAUUUCGAAGUAUUUGUUGAUUUUGACAAUGAACCAAGUGUACAAACAUUGAAUAGUACAUUCACAAACAGUGUCGUUGAUUGGUAUUUAGGGAAACAUCAUAUAACAGGUUUUAAAAAUUAUAAAUACAACGGUAUUCCUAUAUCAGAUACUUGGUUGAAUCCUACUAUCAUUGAUCGUAUGGUAUCAUAA